AUGUCUCGAUUCUCCCUCCAAGGUCGAACCGCCCUCGUCACUGGCGGUGCCCGGGGCUGCGGCCUCGCCUUUGCGCGCGGUCUCGCCGAAGCAGGUGCCAACGUAGCCAUCUUCGACCGGAUACCUCCUGAGGAGGGAUUUCUAUCUAUCGAGAAGGAGUAUGGUGUGCGGACUGCAUAUUACGAAGUGGACGUAUCCUCCCCGGAGUCCCUCGCCACCGGCUUCGGCGCCUUCCAAACAGACUUCAACAAUGCACUCGACAUCUGCGUCCCAUGUGCAGGUAUAAACCGACACCAGACAUUCCUUGAAUUCAACUACGCGGAUCACCAAGAGCUGCUGGGUGUGAAUGUGCUGGGCCUAUUCCAUACGGCGCAGCUGGCCGCCCGGCAGAUGAUUGCCAAUGGCACAAAACACGGGAGUAUCGUGCUGGUGGCGAGCAUGGCGAGCCACGUGGCGGUACGGAGCCAGCUGUGCAGUGCGUAUUGUGGGAGUAAGGGGGCGGUGAGGGCGAUGUGUCCUGCUAUUGCGAAGGAGUUGGCUGAAUAUGGUAUUCGUGUGAAUUCGAUUUCGCCGGGAUAUGUGAGGACGGAGAUGACUGCUGCUUUCCCCCAUUUGAUCGAAGAGUGGAAAUCUGCAGCAAUGAACGGGCGCAUCGCCGAGCCGGAGGACAUCAUGGGAGCGUGUGUGUUUCUGGCGAGCGAUGCUAGUUCGUACAUGACGGGGCAGGAUGUGAUUGUGGAUGGGGGUGUGACUAAGUGGUAG